ACGAAGGCGACGGAAUACCAGCAGAAGCGCCUAUAAGACCAAGCAAUCAGUGCCGGGCGAUCAAUCACAGCCGCGCCGGCCGGCCACCAGCAUCUCGCUCGUAGCCAUGUCGAGCUCGGCCGCCGCCGCCGACGGCGCCGCGAAGAACCCGGCCAUGGAGCCCGACACGGACGCGCCGGCGGGGGAGGGCCUGGAGCUGGCGCAGUUCGCGGCGGGGUGCUUCCGGAGCGUGGAGCUGACGUACCAGCGGCUACCCGGUGUGGCGCGCACGGAGGUGGGCUACUCGCAGGGCCACCGCGACGCGCCCACGUACGAGCUCGUGUGCGCCCACGGCACGGGCCACGCCGAGGUGGUGCGCCUGCACUACGACCCCGCGGCGUGCCCCUACGCCAAGCUCCUCGGCGCGUUCUGGGCCAAGAUCGACCCCACCACGCUCAACAGGCAGGGCAAGGACGUCGGGACGCAGUACCGGACGGGGAUCUACUACUACACGGCGGAGCAGGAGAGGCUGGCGCGGGAGUCGCUGGCGGAGCAGCGGGGGAAGUGGGAGGGCGAGAUCGUCACCGAGAUCCUGCCGGCGAAGCGGUUCUACCCCGCCGAGGAGUACCACCAGCGCUACCUCGAGAAGGGCGGCCAGUCUGCGGCCAAGGGCUGCACCGACCCCAUGCGCUGCUACGGCUGACGCCGCCGCCGGCCAUCCGUCUCCGUCCGACGAAACGGAGGCUAGCAAGUUGGGCGAAGCCGAUUAUCUGCCGUCCGUGUAUGCAUGUCACUAUAUAUGUCAGCGUAAAACAAUAAGCAGGAAGAUACCGACAACCGUGCCGUGUUAGUAUGUGCUACGUCUUACGUGGAAAUAAACGCCAAGUGUUUGGAAGGUUGUGGAGUUGUUGUGGUAUGCGUAUGCAAUAAUAUUCGUACACCUGAUCACUCUUUUUUU